GUGAACCCGAUCCUAUUACAGGAAAAAAAUUAUUAUCACUUAUGGUUCAUCAAAGGUCCGCGGAUAUUGGUCUGGGCCUGCCGUUUAAUAUCACUAGUAUUUCUCUAUUUCUUUACAUGGUGGCUCAUCUCACAGACACAACACCAGAUUUCGUUAAUUUAAUACUUGGUGAUGCAUAUAUUUAUAAAAAUCAUAUCGAUAGUCUCAAAGAACAAAUUAAAAGAACCCCAUUUGAAUUCCCAACUAUAAAACUUAAAAGACAAGUUAAUGACGUGGGUGAUUUUAAAUUUAGCGACUUUAUUUUAGAAAAUUAUAAUCAUCAUAAAUCUAUCAAUUUUGAAAUCAUUGGUGCUAAAUAA